AUGGCCGUGGCUGCGGAGGAACCCGCGGCGGCCGGGCGGUCCGACGCGGCGCGGGACGCGGAGUUCGAGGAGCUCAUCUCGUCCCUGCGCGGCCAGGGCGAGGAGGAGCUCACCCGCCGCGGCCUGGAGCCGAUGAGCGUGGGCUUCGCCAACCUGGUGUGCGGGGCCGAGUGGCGUGGUCAGCGCGUGGUCGCGAAGUGCUACACGGAUCUCGUCUUCCUCAGAGUCGCGCCCGAGGCGAUCGGGGUGGCCGACGUUCACGCCGGGGACAGCGGCAUCGGACCGAGGGUUCUGCACUCCAGCCAGCGAGGCCUUGUCAUGGAGCGCCUCGAGGGCCAGACCCUAGAUGAGCCCGACAUGCACCGAGGCGACCUGGACCUACUGGCGUCCGUUGCCCGGGCGCUCGCGGCGCUGCACCAGCUGCCGAUUCCCGCAGCUUGCGACGGCGAGCCAAUGCUUUGGCGCACGAUGGACAAGAUGAUGGGAGUUGUGCAGGAGAAGCCAGAGCUCAUCCCAGAGGGGAUGCCCAAUCUCGAGGCCAUCAGAGAAAAGGUCCACGAGGCGAAGAGGUUACUGCAGGGGCACGAGCCUAAAGUGGUUUUCGGUCACAACGACUUCAAGCCCUCCAACGUGAUGCUUACAGAGGGCGGCAUUAAGAUCAUCGACUUCGAGCUGUCUGGGCCGAACUACCGCGGUUUCGACCUGAUGAAGGUGUUUCGCACCGCUGCUGGCCCGUCGCAGCCGUGCAUGAGGCAUUUCUUGGCCGUGUACGCCGAGCAGGUCGGCGCAGUCUCCUCUGAGGCCUUCGUGUCCGGCCUGCUGCAGGAGGCGGACCGGUUCGAGCCCCUCACGUGGCUCGAGGCCUGCGUCUUCUUCCUGACCCUGCCGGUGUUCAAGCCCGACAAGGCAGCGAGGUGGAACGCGCUGGCCCUCGACCGUUGGGCCAAGUUCCAGCAGACGCUCGGCAAGCUGCGCGCCGGCGUCCUCGUGGCGCCUAUCGCGGGCCUCCACAGGUCGGCCAGCCGCUGCACUGCCAGCGGCAUGCGCCGCGGCACGCUGCCAGGGAGGCCGAUCGCCUACGACCCCCAGCUCGUGUCCGAGGAGUGCGUCUCCCUCGAGGAGCUGAGCGCCCUCCUGGCCAUCGAGGCCGAGCCUCCUGGGUGCGCAGCUGGCGCCAGGACUGCCGGCGACUGCGGCGGCUGGGAGGUCUUGGACGAGCGCGGCAGCAUAAGGGUCGAGCGAUGGCUCCCGAGCUCCUCCGAGAGCGACGAGCUCCUCAUCAUGCGGGGCACGCUCUCUCUCAGGGACGUGCCCGUGGCGGUGGCGGUGGACCAGCUGCACUCCCUGUCGGCCAGGAGGCAGUGGGACGACCACGUCUCCCAGCUGCGGAGGGCCGGAGGAGAGGCCGGGGCGCGGCGCGUGUGCGCGCGGGACGGCCUGGAGAGCGAAAUCAUCGAAACGGAGACCCGCCCGCUGUUCGGGGUGCUCCCCGCCCUCAAGCUCACCCAGUGGCGCGCCCUGGCCUGGCUUGGGGGCGCCGCCACCGUCCUCUACCGCGACGCCAGCCGGGCUGGCGGGGUUGCCGGCGGCGGAGACGCAGCAGAGGGCGGGGGCCUCGCGGACGCGUGGGGGGCCUGGUUGUCCGAGAUCGCGGCCGCCGCUUGCGAGCCGAUCCGGGCCAAGAGCCUGGUCAUCGGGCAGGUGAUCCGCCGCCUGGAUCCGAUCUCCGGCUCGGACGGCUCGCGGGUGUUCGUGUAUCUGCAGGCCAGCGUCAACGCCACAGCUUGGCUCCUGGCGCAGGGCGUGGCCUUGGACCUCAUAGCCGCCAGCUGCGACGCGUACGAAGCGGCCUGCCGCGCGCAGCUCCGCGGCCCCCGGCCCCCGCGCCACGCCGCCGAGCACAGGGUCCCGAGGACGGUGCCAGGCUCGAUCGCAGAGAGGACACCAGGGAGAUGCACGAGAGGUUCGCGCGGGGGCUUGUGCGCCGCUCAGGACGCCGCCGCCUGCUGCAGCGUGCGGCGCGUGCCUCCGCCGCAGUACUUCGACAUAGCCUCCCGCCGGGGCUCCGUCUGCUCGGCGUCCACCGCCGUCAGCGGCCUCUGGUGGGCGGCCUCCGCUCCAGACUCCGCCGCCGCCCCAGCUGCUGCAGGCGAGCCCGCGGGCCAGCUAGACAGCCCCGCGGAGGCCGCGGCGGGCCCGCGGCCGGCCACGCAGGCGGACCGGACGCAGGGCGAUCCCAGCAAGAUGGCGCAGGAGUUGGACUGGAAGCCCGGCGAGGCCGGGAAGCCGCGGACGGUCGCCAGCGCUCAUUGGGAGGCCCUGGGCGGCGUCGGCGACCUCGCUGACGACUGCGCGCCGACCGCGGGCACGGACGGGGAGUCGGCCGUGAAGGACAGCGCGGACGAUUGCACGCAGAGCACGGCGGACGCGGACGGAGAGCCCUUGGAGGACGUGGAGCCGCGGACGGCCGCAGGCGCUCAGCAGGCGGCUGGCGUCGGCGACCUCGCUGACGGCACUCGGAGCACGGGCGCGGACGGGGAGCCCGCGGAGGGCGGGGUGCCGCAGGCAGCCAGGGGCGCGGGUGCCCACCAGGGGGCCCCAGUGGGCGCGGGCGGCCGCGCCGACGGCGCGCAGAGCGGGGACGUGCUGGGCGCAGGGACGGAGGACGCGGCGCCCCGCAGCCCCAACCCCCUCGACGUGGCCCUCGACUUCCUGGGCGGCCCCGCUCUGGCUGGUGGCGGGCUUCUGGCAGGCCUCCGCAGGACGCCGCGGCAGCCCGACACUGGCCAGACGGGCACCCCGCGCGACGCCGCGGGUCCGCCCCUCGGGCGCGUGCUGCUCGCUGCCCCGCGGCGGGGCACGACGGUGCGCCUGCACGGCGCCGUCUGGUGCGACACUGCCGAGGCCGUGGCCGCGGCCCCCGCCGCCGCGCGCGGGGCGCGGGCUUCCGCGCCGGGCCUCCUCGGAGCUGCUGCGGCGGCCUCGCCCCGCCAGAACCCGCUGGCGCUGGCCGUGGCGGUGCGGCGGCGGAGGGCGCCGCUGGCGGCGGGGCGCACGGCCGCGGCGCCCUCCGGGGGCGCGCCGCUCGUGGGGGCGCUGCGCGUCGCGAGCGGCAGCCUCGGCACAGAGGCGGCGGCCCGGGCCAGGGAACAGCUGCUGCUGGAGGACGCCUGGCUCCAGGGCGAGAGCAGCUCGCCGCGUGGGUCGGCGGGCGCCCCUGCGGCGGCGCGCGGAGGCCGCGCGCGGCGGCACACCCGCGGCAGCCGGGAGGUGCCCGAGCCGCCCAUCCCCAUGGACCAGCUUUUGACCUGCUGCAUGCCGGGCGCGGGCGCCGGCAUCGACGUUUGGGACUCGGCCAGGAGCCCCACGGCAUCCACGGCGGCCCCUGGGCCGCCGUGACGCGCGGGGCUUGGCCGCGAGGCAGUGGCGAGGUGCGCCCUCGGCGCUGGGGCCCCCCGCUGCGGGUUCUGAGUUUUGCGUUGGACGGGGAUGCGGCGGGUGUGGGCCCCAAGGGGGGGAGCCCGCCUCCGCGGCUGCACUGCCGCCUGUGCGGAGGCCGGUUCUGCGCGAGCGUGGGUCCUGCGUGCCGCUUCUUUUUUUUUUUCGGGGCCGUGGCCGUGGUUUCGCGCGGUGCCUUCUCUCGGGCUCCUUUUGCCCCCGCCCAUCUCGCCCCCCCCCCUCUCCCCGCUUCUUUCGGGGCUUCACUCUCUACCUCCCAGGACUUGCCCCCUGACCCGGUAUCGCGCCUGCCCCGGACUCCCUAGUUUGCUCCGCGGCCGGUGGUACUCGCAAAAAGCUGCGCCGCCACCGAUCCUUGCCGCCGCGCAACCGCCGAGGAGCGACCACGGUCAGCAGCACAAGCUUCUGGCGACCGUUGUAUUAUUUGUUUUUGUAUUGCAGCUGCCACGUGUGGUCCUGAGGGAGGAGGUCCUGGAGGUUUUUGGCCGUUUUCGGCCUCCUGGGCCCUCCCCAGGCCUCAAGACCGUCAAGAGACACCUUGGGAUGUAGAGCUGGUCAUGGAGAGAGCCUCUGGAAACGGUGCGCUGUCACCGAUCUUGGCGUCGCGCGCUCACCAGACGCGACCAAGGCCCACAAGCUUCUGUCGACUGCCAUAACAUUGGAUUUUGUGCCUCAUUUGUUGCUCUACUCCUCGUCCUCCUCUCCUUCUGGCGGCCGUGCGGUUCACCGACGGUCUGCGAGGGCCUGUUGUAUGUCAUCGCCGUGCUUGUCUGGCGGCGCGCACGGGGCUUCUGCGCGCCGCCAGCUUCUACGAGCGCGUCGCUGCUCUGGCGGGGCCGAGUGCGGUUCGUACCGUUACUUCCCAGGAUGAGCUUGGCGCAGGCCUCUGGCGACUAGAAACUCGCCGGAGGCUUUUCGCCAUGUUCGGUCUUCGCGGGGCUGUUUCUUGGCCCCAUUUCAAAGCACGACUCUGAAUGCCAGCUCAAGAACUCCAGUGAUGGAGGACUGUGGGCCCUGUCUCUCGCUCCUCCUCUUCCUCCCCUUCCCUUCCCAUCUCUCCUCGAUUCCUUUUGAUCUGCUCCGCUUACGGGACCACCACCGAGACCCGCUUUGCCGGCGACUCGAAGAAAUCGAGUUGUCGGAGGUCUGGAGGCCAGUCACAGGAAAAUCCAGUCAGGAUUGCCCCCAGGAUAGCUCUUGAUGGCAUGCUACCUGCCAUUGCUUCUGGCAGGCAACGCUCCAUAUUUAUUAUACCGCUUUUCGUUCAUCCCAUAUGAGACAAGCUGGCACGGUGGCGGAUAUACUGUUUUGCGCUGGUCUGUCCUGAAUCGGCCUGCGGCGACCGAAUGGACUGCUCAGCCCGUCUCGCGAGCAUUGCACGGCGCCUGCGGUCGUAGACUGCCCGUCCGCAGAUGGUCGGACCCCUAGUUCGGAUAUCUGCCUUCCUGGGGGC